AUGGAGAACCUCUCCCUCCACGACCCGCCUCCACCAGGCGAUCAACCACCACAACUCCCGCAAAUGAUCCCCCAGCUCCCACCCCAGAUGUUCACGACCGCCGCCCAGCUGCUCGAUUUAACAGACAAGAAGCUGCUGGUCGCGCUGCGAGACGGGCGGAAGCUCAUCGGUGUGCUGAGGAGCUGGGACCAGUUUGCGAAUCUGGUUCUUCAGGACACGACGGAGCGCAUCUAUGUGCAGAACCUCUACGCGGAUAUCAACAGGGGCGUCUUUCUCGUGCGCGGGGAGAACGUCCUCUUGCUCGGUGAAAUCGACCUAGACCGAGACGACGACAUCCCCGAACCGUACCAACAAGCGCCCGUCGAAGAAGUCUUUGCACUGCAGAAGAAGGAGAUGGAGGAGCGCAAGAGGAAAGAAAAGGUCCGGACGAGGAAGCUGCAGGGUUACGGUUUCGAAGGUGACAUGGGUGUUGAGGGCAUACUAUGA